AUGGCGUUUCACCUCCCCCCGUCCGCUGCGGGGAACGCAUCUUCCUCCGGCUCCGCCUCCACCUCCAAUCCGCGAUACACACCUGUUUCCAAGGGAUCUGAUGAAGACGAUUACUCUGCGUCUGAAAGCAAGCCAAGACAAUCACCGGUUGGAAAUUUGCGCCUCCAGACAGACUUUGGGGACGCGAAGGGGGAUGUUGGGGGCCCUGUCUCCGAUAUCGAAGAUGGGGAUGGAUUUGAAUCUGCGGUUGAGGUGCCGGGGAAGAGAGCGCGACAGCCAAAAUAUACUUUGGAAGAGGAGAAAGAGGUAGUGAGGAUCUUCGAUAAGAGACUUGUGCCCUUUCUUGCUCUUUUGUAUCUCUUGGCUUUCUUAGAUCGAUCCAAUAUUGGCAAUGCCAAGAUAGCUGGACUUCAAGAGGAUCUACAACUCUCGUCUUCGCAGUAUGAAUGGCUGCUGACUGCGUUUUACAUCACAUACAUCCUUUUCGAAUGGAUGACACUGAUGUACCGCGUGGUUCCACCACACAUCUAUAUAUCUCUUUGUGUGUGUGGCUGGGGUCUGGUAGCGUCAUUCCAAUGCCUGGCAACCUCGUUCGGAGGGCUAGUCGUCCUUCGCCUUUUGCUUGGCAUCACGGAAGCUGCCUUCGGGCCAGGAGUCCCAUUUUACUUGUCGCUAUUCUAUCGGCGGCAUGAACUGGCUUUCAGAAAUGGAUUGUUUAUUUCUGCCGCGCCGCUGGCAACUACUUUUGCCAGUAGCCUUGCCUGGGUGAUUACCAAGCUCAGUAGCAAUGGACCAAUCUCUCCCUGGCGUACCCUUUUCUUGGUAGAGGGAUUCCCAAGUGUGAUCGUUGCCGUUUUCGCUUGGGUUCUCAUUCCGGACUCACCUGGAAAAGCUCGAUUCCUUACGCGCAGACAACGAACGGUGGCUCGACAGCGACUGGAAGACAGCAGCUCCAAUACUAAAUAUCAAGAGUCGAAUGAGCAUAAGUUCAACUGGCGGGAGAUUCUGAAGACAGCUUCUGAUCCCAAGGCUUAUAUGGCAGCUUUCAUGUUCUUCAGCUGCAAUGUCGCCUUUAGUUCGAUGCCGGUUUUCCUUCCUACUAUAAUCAAAGACAUGGGAUUCUCCUCGCUUUCGGCGCAAGCUCUUUCGGCGCCACCCUACCUAUUAGCCUUUGUCGUUGUUCUAAUCACGGCCUGGGCCUCAGACCGCACCCGCACACGCAGCUCAUACCUCAUAGCGCACGCACUGAUAUCUUCCCUCUCGUACGCCGCUAUCGCAGCAGCAGGCCACUUCCAUACAUACCUCUCGCCCUCUCUACAAACCUUCAUCCGCUACAUCUGCGUCUACCCUGCCAUCUCGGGCUUCUUUUCCGCCAUCACACUAAUUAUAACCUGGUCGAUGGACAACCGUGUUGAGAAAGAAGGCAAGGGAGCGAGUAUUGCAAUCUUGAAUAUAAUCGGACAGUGUGGUCCUCUACUGGGAACUAGGCUAUACCCUGAAGCUGAUCGGCCUUGGUAUGUGCGCGGUAUGGCGGUUUGUUCCCUUUUCAUGGUGCUGGUCGCCAUUCUUGCCUUUGUCUUGAGGGUACUCUUGCAAAGGGCGAAUCGGGCUUCUGAAACUGGGGCUUUGUUUGAUUCCACGCCGGGUAGUGGGCUCGGAUCUGGGGAUGGAGAGGAGCGAGAUGAGCUUAUGGGUGGUGGACGGAGAGACGAGUUUGAGUGUGAUACCGGGGAAGAGAGACUGGUUUAUAUCAUUUAA